AAACAGCAUUGGGGAAUGAAAUUCAUAACCCAUUCAUACCACAAACUUUUAGGAGGUAACUGUUUUAGUAUUGGUGUAUAAUUACUAGCAAAGUAGGAAGGAGGGGAGAUAGAUAACACUUUUGAUUUUCUUAUUUAUUUAUGAUUCUGACACAUUGAAAAUAGGAGAGGGGGUAAUGUAAUGUACUAAUGUAAAAGAAAUGGCAAAGCUAUAUUUUUGGAAGAGGAGGGUAAUUGACCCAUCAAGGGGAAACAAAAAAGAAAAAGCAAAAGAAAACAAAAACCCUUGCAAUGUAGAGAGAAAGAAAGAAAGAAGAGAGCACUUGCUAAUUGCUAUUACCACUGUGUGUCUAUAGUAUUGUUAUUGUUAUUGUAAGCUCCUCUCACUCACUCCCCAACACUACAACACACAAAAACUCAAUUAUUUGUGACCAUUUUUCUUCUUCUUCUUCUUCUUUCUUGGCUUUCAACAUGCCACGCCCAGGGCCAAGGCCUUAUGAGUGUGUGAGGAGAGCAUGGCACAGUGAGAGGCACCAACCUGUUAGAGGUUCCAUCAUUCAGCAGAUUUUCAGGGUCGUCAACGAAGCUCACACCCCUGCUACCAAGAAGAACAAGGAAUGGCAAGAGAAGCUACCCGUCGUUGUUCUCAAGGCCGAAGAAAUCAUGUACUCCAAAGCCAAUUCCGAGGCAGAGUACCUGAAUCCUGAUACCCUCUGGGAACGCCUCAAUGACGCCAUUAACACCAUCAUAAGGAGAGAUGAGACCACAGAGACCGGUGACCUCUUGCCCCCAUGUGUUGAAGCUGCACUUAAUCUGGGAUGCAAACCUGUGAGGACUUCAAGAAGUGAUAGGCACAAUAACCCCAGGACAUACCUUUCUCCAAGAACUCAACACCCUCCUCCUCCUCCUCCUCAUCCUCCUUCUGGUCCUCCUAGGCCUGUUGGGGAGAAUCCUUAUGCAAGGGUAUCAAGUUCUGCCGUUUCACAAAUUCCUCUGUCAGAUUCUAGAAUCCAUGCCCAGCAAAAUACUAGGAUGAUGGGUUCACCUAACUACCCCUUCUCAGAGAGUUUCCCUUCUGGUCAUCACCAGCAUUUGGCAAUGGAAACCAAACCCCAAUCGAACUUUGGUUCAGUUUACCCCUUGUACUACGGAUAUGAAGCCAAAGAGCCUCAACUAAGGACAACCACCGUCGAUAACUCGGGUCCUGAAACUAUUUUUGUUGGCAGACCAGUCAUUACUCCGGUCCCCGAGCCAUCUGGAAUUGGUUUGUUGGAAAACUUUCCCUAUGGUAGAUACCACCAUUUGCCAAACAGAGCUGGAAAAGAAACUGUUGUAGGCAUGCCGGAGGGAUUGCGAGACACGGAAUGUGAUUUAUCCUUGAGGUUGGGUCGGUGUUUUCAUCCAUGUUCAAGCAGCAAGAAUUGUUCAGCAUAUGAAACAGAAGAUGCUGGUUUAGGAGCCCCUCAAGGGGGCACCAAGUUUAGUCAUCUAUCAUUGCAGAGAAAUAAAGAGUUCUGUUUUUAUCCUAGAGAGACAUCUUAUGGUACCAUUGGCCCCAGUUCUACCAGAUGUAAUGGAGAGCGUGAAUAUCAGAACUUAGAGGCAACUUUACGGAAGCGAAAAGCACCUAUAGGUAACAACGAAGAGGAUGGGCAAUUUUGCCGGCAUCUAGGAGUCCCAUCGAAUCAGUUUACCGGUAGAAUGCAAGGACCAGAGACUCUUUGGAUGUGUAGCUCUGCUUGUGAAAAGUUUUAGAAACUGGCUUGAGUUGCUAAUUGCAUUGCUGCAAAUGUGAACUGUAUAUAGAAUCUUAAGCUUGCUUUGUUUAAUUUCUGCUUGCCUUGGAUUGGCUACCAAAGAUCAAAAGUAAAGAGAAUGUCAUGUGAGCUUUUGAAAUGGAGUGCUUUAAGGAAGUGGUCUAAUUCAAA